AAUAAUGCUCCUCCUCCUACGCUCAACUUUUCCUUAUCUUCUCCCCCUCCCCCUCCUUUUCCGCUGAUCCUCACCUCAGUGCCUCCCCUCCAUCCCUCCCUCCAUCCCUCCCUCCCUCUUCCAAAUGCCGAACAAAAUCCUUCUGAUCUGUCUCCCCUUCCUCUCGCGGUAGUCUUCUGGGUGAGAUCUCCGAAAACCCCGAGAGAGAGAGACGAAGAAAAAAGGUUCUUUGGCGCUGGUUUCCAUGAAAGGAGGUGGAAACUACAAGGAAACCAGCUCCGACGCCUUCCCUGCCUCCGUCGCCAAGCAACAUCAAUGGGCUAAAGCCUCGCCAGCCAAAUGGAUCUCGCCCUCGUUCCGAUUCUUCUCCUCCAGGUCUCUCGUCUGCAUCGUAUUCUUCACCUGCCUUUGCAUUUUCUACAUCCUCACCUUCUCCGCUUUCCCCUUCUCCUCCUGCUCCAACAGUCAAAUCUCCAUCUCCGAUUCCGACCAUCCCGGCCACUUAAUCCGCCUCUCCUCUUCAAACUCCUCUUUCAUUCCAUCUCCCCUUCCCGCUUCCCAUCCUCCCCCGGUUACUUUCUCGCCACCACCACCAUCAGUGGAAACUUCCACGGGACUCAACCACAUUGUGUUCGGCAUCGCAGCGUCGGCCAAUUUUUGGCAGAAACGCAAAGAAUACAUCAAAAUAUGGUGGCGACCCCGCCAAAUGCGGGGCUACGUCUGGCUCGAUUCACCCGUUAAUGAACCAAAAUCCUCCGCCGCCUCCCUCCCCGCCAUUAAAAUAUCAGCAGACUCCUCCAAAUUCCCUUACAGCCACAAACAAGGCAGCCGCUCUGCUCUCCGCAUAUCCCGCAUCGUCUCCGAAACCGUCCGCCUCGGCCUUGACAACGUUCGGUGGUUCGUAAUGGGGGAUGACGACACCGUCUUCUUCCCCGACAACCUCGUCCGCGUUCUCAACAAGUUCGAUUAUCGGCAACCAUACUACAUUGGUUCCUACUCAGAGAGCCAUCUCCAAAACAUCAUCUUUUCAUACAGCAUGGCUUACGGCGGCGGCGGAUUCGCCAUUAGCCGUCCGCUUGCGGUUGCCCUUUCUCGAAUGCAAGACCGGUGUAUACACAGAUAUCCCGCGCUUUAUGGCAGCGACGAUCGCAUCCAGGCAUGUAUGGCUGAGCUCGGCGUUCCUCUCACACGCCAUUCAGGAUUUCAUCAGUUUGAUGUCUACGGUGAUCUCCUCGGCCUUCUCGCCGCGCAUCCCGUUGCACCGCUGGUUAGUCUCCAUCACCUCGAUCUAGUCGAAGCUAUCUUUCCAAACUCGGAGUCUCACCCUGCGGCCGUCCGGCAACUGUUUGAAGGCCCUGUGCGGCUGGAUUCUGCAGGAGUAAUGCAGCAGUCGAUUUGCUAUGUUUCCCAUCGGCACUGGACGGUGUCUGUAUCGUGGGGUUUUGUCGUGCAGGUAGUGAGGGGGAUUAUUUCGCCAAGAGAGAUGGAGACUCCUGCGAGAACUUUUCUUAACUGGUAUCGCCGGGCAGAUUACACGGCUUACGCAUUCAACACUCGUCCCGUCGCGCGCAAUCCUUGUCAAAAACCAUUCCUUUACUAUCUUUCUUCAGCUUCAUACGAUAAUUCUCGCCACACUACUGUGACUCGCUACCUCCUUUACAAGGAUCCCCGUCCUCCGGUCUGCCGCUGGAAAAUAGCGAAUCCGUCCACGCUUGUUGAUGAAGUCGUCGUCUACAAGAAACCGGACCCUCUUCUCUGGGACAGAGCGCCGAGGAGAAAUUGUUGCAGGGUUCUUCCGUCUUCUAAAGCGGGGAAGAGGAUGAUGGCCAUAGAGGUUGGCCUUUGUCGUGACGGGGAGCUUGCCGGGACUAACUAGACUCUUCUUUCCUUGGUCCCCCUUCCUCUGGUACGUCUUCCAUACGUACUAGUAAGUAAAAGAUGGAAACUUGAUUCUCUUCUCCUUUCGUCAGAUCAUGGAUUCAUCAGAAAGGAUAGAGGUAUGAAUUCGCUAAUCAACAUGCGGUAGAAGCUAGAUUUGAUAGAGAGAGAGAGAGAGAGAGAGAGAGAGAGAGAUUCAUGCCAUGUGAGUUCUGCUGUUAGGAGUAUUACUCAAUUAUUUAUUCUUUCUCGCCGGCAUCAUGGCUCUUCCAAAUCUCUUAAUGUCAUUGCCCGCCGCUCAUAAUGUACUCGUUUUUUCAUGCUUUUUGCACAGUUUCCACUUUUUUUUUUCUUUAUAAAAACAGUUUUUUUAAGUCAAAAACGUAGCUGUA